UUCGGUCGCGCAUGCGUAUAUGAUUAAAAGGACUGCAGACCGGAGGAAAACAAAGUGUAAUUUAGAAUUUUACUGUUUUUAACAAUCCCUAUCAUUUUGGUGACAAGAUUUUAAAAGCUGCACCUCCAUAACUCUUCGAUCUCCCGAAAUAUAUUGUUAUAACUUGUCAUGGCAACUAAAGAUCCCAAUGUGGAGGGGGAAGAGGAGGAGGAGGUCGAAGAAGAGUUCACAGUCGAGAAAGUAGUAGAUGUGAGAGUGAGAGGAGGGCGAAAAGAAUAUCUCCUCAAAUGGAAGGGCUAUCCAGACUCGGAAAACACAUGGGAACCUGAAGCCAACUUGGACUGUCCAGAUUUGAUAGCUGAAUAUGAAAAAGUGCGAGCAGAAAAGAAGAAGAAAGAACAAGAAAAGAAGCGCAAAUCAAAUGGUGAAGUGGAGCCUAUUAAAAAGAAGAAAAAAGUUGCUGAAGUGAGAACAAGUGCUGAGGAUGAUAAUAAGCCGCGAGGUUUUGACAGAGGCCUCCAGCCAGAGCGAAUAAUUGGAGCCACAGACAGUUCAGGGGAGCUCAUGUUCUUGAUGAAAUGGAAGGACAGUGAUGAAGCUGAUUUGGUUCCUGCAAGGCAGGCCAACGUGAAAUGCCCACAGAUUGUCAUCGCUUUUUACGAGGAAAGACUAACCUGGCAUACUCACAAUGAUAAUGACGACGAUGAUGAGAAGUCGUAAACGGCAGGGCUUCAAAUGACUUUUUCUGCAUCCCAUUUUUCAUUCAGUGAUUUUGAUUUGCUUACAGUUUCUGCUUAGUUUGAAGUGUUGGUAGAAAUAUUUUAGAGCAAUACUUUCUGGUGGAACAACACCUUUUGCUGUGCUUCUGGAAGUUGUUUUAAUACAAGGUUUGUAAUUCCUUUAAAUGAUGCAUAUUGAAGCAUGAAUAUGAUAAAAAUUAAUUGAAAAGGUCAUCUGAUGUUUUAUAAAACCAUAAUUGAUAUUUAGAACAAAGUCAUUGAUUUCAGAUCUGAAUACUCUUAGUACCUUACUCUAAUGUCUUGGUUACAGCUUUAAUAAUAUUUACAAGUUGUGUUUGUGUUGUUAAGUAACAAUAUUGUGGUUUUUGUCAUUAAACAACUUUGUAUGAUAUCAAUUAGAACAGGCUUUGGACUCUUUUAAACCUAUCUAAUAUUUGCAGCAAAUCAUUUUUCUUUCACCAAGAUAAACUUGAAGCCUGGCACUUAAAUAAUCAAAAAGUGUGCUUUUCGACAUUAAACAUUGUUUCAUAACACUGCCUGUCACUGACAGCGAUUUUCAAAUUGACAUUGUCAUUUCAUACUGUUUGUGAACAUUGUCAUCAUACAUUUGUGUUAACAUUGUAUCAAAUUUUCAUUUACAUCAUCUUUAUCAUAGGCUCGGUAUGCCUCAAAAUGUAUGGAUCUUGUCUCCACCGACCAUGUUAAUGGGUCGUCAUCCAAACAUUAGCUGAUCAUGUUAAUGAGUACUCAUCAUUAGCAGAUCAUGUUAAUGAGUACUCGUCCAAACAUUAGUAGAUCUUGUAAAUGAGUCGUCAUCUAAACAUUUGCAGAUUAUGUUAAUAGGCCAUUAUCUAAUCAUUUGCGAAUCAUGUUAUUGGACUGUCAUCCAAACAUUAGCAUCAUUCAUAGAUUUUGAAGGUACUACUGCAUUAUCAUUCAUUUCAUAUAAUCAUUGUAAAUAGUUUGUAUUUCAUGGGGCCAUUCAGAAAUUUCACGACAUUUAAUGUCAGAAGCAGGUGUUUUAACCACAGUGCUCCAGCUAAGUUAAACUAUUCAAGGCAUAUUCCUCAUGACUUAAGUUUGCACUGUAUCGCAGGUUGUAUACUCAUUGUGUGUAUUGUCAUUCUGAUGCUUCUUCAGGGUUUACAUACAUGAAUCAUCUAUCACCUUGGAGGUUACAAGAGAAAUUACUGUUUGACCACAGAUACGUUGAGCCGUACAUGUCUGUCGUACGAAAUGCAAUACUUGGUGAAAUAUCAAGCAUGCUGGCAGGUCUGUUAAGAAGGAAAGUUGUACACUUAAUAGUUGAUGUCCAUUUCUAACAACUACUGUACACUCACAUUUGGAAAACCAGUCUGUGUGUAUGACAUUUAAUAUGUCUCUUGCACACCUAUCACAGGCUUCUCGUUAGGGUAAAUAUACUAACUUUGUGAUCAUAAGGCUAUCAAUGACACGUUGUUCGAUUGUAAUGUGGUUUCUUUUGCUGUAUUUAUGGAAGUAAUGAUUGCCAAAAGCACAGAUGCAUCUACAAAUGGAUAUAUAUGGCUUAGAAAGCAAUGUUAACCAAGGUCAAAGCUUAGUUACCCUGUUUUAGGACUGAAUCCGUCUAAUUCAGAACUAAAUUUCCAGGAUUGGUACUUUGGGUAUAUUGUCAUCACAGUAACGUAAUCAAGUUAUUGCAUACAUUGGGAAGUUUCUGCAUUCCUGUCGUUUUAAAAACUAACUGGAGCACUGCUUGCAACCUUUUUUAAAGCAAGAACUUGUAUUAUCAAAUACAACUAUCACAUUUGCUAUAAAAAUGUACCAUAUAUUGUUGUCACAUCAUGUACCAAACGGAACUUUUAUACGAAUCUGUCAGAACAUUUAAUUCAUUUUUUUGUUUUAUGAUUGCUACAUGCUUGUAGUUUUAAACUUCCAUUGUAACAUCUUCCAUUCAUUUAAACAUGUAUGUUCUGUCAGUGAUAAAUAUGUCAAAAUAA